CUUAUCACCGCAUGCUUGACACCGUCCCGGCGGUGCCCUCCCCUCCCCUCCCUUCCCGCUCGCGAGCGCGAUGAUGCCGAGCUCCGAAGGCGACAUCGGCCGCGAUCUCUAUUCCAUCCCUGGCUCUUCCAGCUGGUUCCGAUGGGACGAAAUCCACGAGACGGAGCGGCGGGCGCUGCCGGAGUUCUUCGACGGAAGCGCCGCCUCCCGGAACCAUAGGGUCUACAAGGAGUACCGCGACUUCAUCAUCAACAAGUUCCGGGAAGACCCCUCCCGCCGGCUGACCUUCACAGAGGUCCGGAAAUCGCUGAUUGGAGACGUUGGGACCCUCCACAAGGUGUUCCUUUUCUUGGAGAGAUGGGGUCUGAUCAAUUUUGGGGUAUCAGGUGGGCGGCCGUCGCCGCCGGAGGAGGUGGGGCCGCAGGUUGAAGUGGAGGAGCCUGGGGCUGGGGUGCAAUUGGUGCCGGCGUCCGCAAAGUUGCCUUCGGGGCGGUUGCCGGUGGCCGCAAAUGAUCCUGGGGCUGGGGAGAAUGGGUUCAGGUUGCCGCCGCUGUCGUCGUACUCGGAUGUGUAUGGGGACUGGGCGCCAGGGAAGGGCCCUGUGUGUGCGGUCUGCGGCGACCAGUGUGCCUCUGGUCGACAUGAACGACCUAUGGAGGGUGGUUUUGUGGUGUGUUUGAAAUGUUCUGAAAAUAAGAAUGGCACUGAAGAAAAAUCAGCAGGUGACAAUAGUGUUCAUGCUGACGGCAAUGCUAAUCAUGCAAGUGAUGCAUGGACAGAUGCAGAGACCUUGCUUCUUUUAGAAGCUGUUCUAAAGCAUGGAGAUGAUUGGGAUCUUAUUGCCCAGCAUGUGCGAACAAAGAACAGACUUGAUUGUAUUGAAAGGCUUAUACAGCUUCCUUUCGGUGACCAUAUGUUGAGCACCUUCAGUGAUAAAUAUGGUGCCAGAAACUCAGGCAACCAAGCAACCAAUUCUAGAGCAAUCCAACAUGCUUCUGGCAAGCUAACACAAGUGUCUAAGACAGAUGGUCAUGUGCAGAAUGAUAUCAAGAAGAAGGUUGCAGAAGAAUCUACUCCAGUACAUCCAUCAAAGCGAAGAUGCAUUCCAUCUAUUGCAAAUGCUACAGAUUCUUUGAUGAGACAGGUAGCUCUCUUGUCUACAGUAGCUGGCCCACAUGUUGCUGCCGCAGCUGCAGAGGCAGCUGUUACUGCAUUGUGCAAUGAGAACCCAUGUGCAGAGAAGGUCUUUAUUAUUGUUGAUGAUGAAGCUAGAAGAAAGCUUAAAUCAUUCCCAACUAACAAUGAGCCUAAGAGUGAUGUGAAGGUUGAGGAUCAGGAUGUGGAGAUGCAUAAACAAACAGAUACUCCAGAACUCCUGCCAGAGAGGAAUUUUGAUGCUACAGCAUUCCAAAUUAAAGCUGCCAUUGCAACAGCUCUUGGGGCAGCAGCUGCUCAUGCCAAGCAACUAGCAGACCAAGAGCAGAGGGAAAUGGAACACUUGAUGGCAUCAAUUAUUGAAGCUCAGAUGAGAAAGAUCCAAUAUAAAAUCAAGCAUUUUAAGGAGCUGGAGUUCAUUAUGGAGAAGGAAUACAUCUUAAUACAGAAGUUGAAGGAAUCUCUUCUUGACAAGUGGGUGGAGGUCAUUCAGCAGACAUUUCAGGCUAGGAUUCCAAGAUGGAAGGACCAUGCUUUUCCCAAAUCUUUGUUGAACAAUGGCUCCUAAGAUUGGGAGCCCUUGUUUUCUUUCCCUUGAUUCCUGACUUCGGCAUUCUUUCUUACAUGUCAUGUAUGCAGCUUUAAAGGAAGCACCUUGAAGGAUUUUUUAAUACAAAUCUUGGACAACUUUGUAGCUCCAUACAGGUUAAGAUAGCGUUCAUUAACACCAAAUGACCUGUGUAGUUUUAUUGGUUUCCUCCACUAUUAGAAUUUCACACUUGUUUCCUUGUCUGGAUA